AUGAAUAAUCGCGAAAUUUCUGAAAAAGAUCUUAUAAGAAAUUCUCAGGAUAAACAAUAUCCACAGUUAAUAAACGGAAGAAUUCAAUAUGUUUUAGAUUUUAUUCGAUUUGCACCACUCGCUAUAACUUGUCCCAACGAAAGUNUUGCACCACUCGCUAUAACUUGUCCCGACGAAAGACACUUGACCCUUUUUGAUAUAUUUAGAUAUAUCAAGUAUAGUUUUUACACGAAAGAUAUACAAGUAUUUCAUGUACUUCUAAUGACUGCAACAUUUCGUCCUAUUGCUUUACUCGUUAGACUUCUUAUCAAUAUUCUUAGGUCCUCAAUAGACGUUUACAAUUUUUAUAGUGACGAAAAAGAAAGUUUAAUAUUGUAUCAUAAUAUUAUUUUCGUUGGUAAUAGAAUAGUUGAAGUUUUUCAAGAUUUUGUUAAUUUGGAUCUCUUUGGUGAUGGCCCAUCUAAAGUAUUUCUAAAAUUAUCAGAAAUAACUUCUCAAUGUCUUAAAUAUUUCAUUAAUAAAAAUAACACAAGUGUCAAGUUAUCAUCCAUAAAACUGAUGCAUUCAUUAAAAUCAUUUUUUUAUGAUAACAAAUUUAAUUUUGAUAAUAUAUAUGAGUAUUCUACAAAGGAUAUUAUCAAUACUUGCUUUAAUGAAUUGACUGUAAACAUGAAAUAUGCUGAAACAUUUAUAAGAAACUUAGAAGAACACAAAAAAUAUUUUGAAGUAACCAAAAAAACUUUGAAUAUUAAUCACAAGUUAAAUUUACCAUUCACUAAUGUUUUCAGUAAUUAUAUAAUAAAUAUGUUAUGUCAAACUAAAGAUAUUUAUACAUUAUUAUAUAAAUUCAAUGAUGAAUAUGUCACUCAAAUUGUUGAUUACGAUAAAAACAUUACAUUUGAUGAUGAUGAAAAAAUAAACAAAUAUAUGAGUUAUGAAAAUUAUCCUGAAGAUNGAUGA